AUUCAGAUACACAUGAUCGAAAGAAAUGCGACCAUAACUUUCUCUUUUCGAUCUCUACGAUCACUUAUACACGUAGUAUAAAUCUUUCACGCACACGGUUCAAAUGAUAUAAGCAAAAACAAAAAAGAAAGAAAUAAUAAAAAAUAUAAAUAAUAUGAAUGAGCGCAUAAAGUUAUAACAAAUUUUUUUUAAAGAUUCGACAUUAGAAAAUAGAAAAUGACGGCAUUUAAAAAAACAAAAAAAAAAAAAAAACAAAGAACAAAAAUUAUGGUUACUGUACAUUAUUAUACUAACUCAUUGGAUCUUGAAUGUUCCAAACUUGGGCACAAUUAAAAUGAUUCAUACUUUCUUCUUCAAGGCCCAAUUAAUUUCUUCGAUUAAUGAGAACAUUAAUGAAAAAAUCAUAUCGGCCGAUAAUAAAUCCAAUAUCGUACGUUGUUAUUUGUUUUGAAAUAUUUUCUUCCGAAGUACCGUCGCAGAGAUUCUUGAAUGAAUUUUAACGAAAGAAAAGUAGAGAAUAAGAAGAAGAUGAAGAAGAGGAAGAAGAAGAAGAAGAAGGAGAAAAAAGAAAUUACAUGAACGCAAGGAUAACUUGAGCUCAAACAAUGGCUACCAGGCCGGGAUGAGCGAUACUUCAAGGACAUUAAUUUUACCAUUGCCAAGAAGUAAAAUAGAAAGGAAAGAGAGAGCUGCUGAUGAUAUGAAUGACUCGAAUAUAACCACGCCUAUCUCGGCUAAACGUAAAGCGACGACCUCUUUGCUGUUGACACGAUGGUUAGGAUCAAAGAGUCCUUCUUCACAGGAUAUCGAAAGUAGUGAUAAUUGGUCGUUGGAACGAUCGAUGGAUUAUGGAACACCACCACCCGUAGAAGAACCACAUUGUUACUCAAUGUGUAUCAGUGAAAGUUCUUGCACCGAGGAAACCAAUUAUUCUUUACAAGUUAACAAAGACAUUAUAAGAAAUUUAUUGAUCGAGCAUACCAGACAAAUAGGUAGUAAGAUACAAAUAUUGGAAGAUCUUGAAUUGGGAAGGAUCGACGUUGAUAAUAAAGAAAGGAUUGUUAAUAGUUAUAAACAGGAAGAGAUUGAUACGUUAUUAUUACACGCUUGUUUUCUCGGUCGUGUGGAUUACAUAAUUGGCCUUGAAAAAUGCGGAGCUAAUGUGAAUACAUCCGAACAAGAACAAAAUCUAACGCCGUUGCAUCUUUGCGCGUUUAGUAAUUCGUUAAUCGGUUUAGAAUAUUUGAUCGGCCAUGGAGCCAACAUAAAUUGCGGUAAGGGCCACACCCCAUUUCAUUAUGCGGCUUUUGGUAAUUCCUACGAGGUAGCACGGUAUUUCUUACAGAAAAAUAUCACCGAGGAAUCGUUACACUCGGAAGAGACCGUACUUCAUGUAGCGGCACGUAGUAAUGCUUUGGAUGUGUUAAAGUUAUUGGCACCAAAUAAUAUUUCAUUAAAUCGAUUGGAUGUUAAUGGAUUUGCACCAAUACAUUACGUUGCCGAUAAAGGUGAUCCGGCAUGUUUGAAGAUACUUUUACAAGCUGCUUGUCAAGUUGAUCUAUCAAGCAAAAAAGGUGAUACCGCGUUACAUAUCGCUGCCGAAGCCGGAUGUCUCGAAAACGUUGAUUUAUUAUUGGAAAAUGAUGCAAACGUUAAUUUGAAGAAUAAUAGAGGACAGACCGCAUUACAUUUGGCAGCUCGUUCUCAUUGUUUAGACUGCGUUGAACUUUUAUUAAGGAAAGGUCAUAGCGAUCCAAACGACGAGGAUAUAGACGGUAGAACGCCCCUUCACUUAGCUUUGGGUAGAUCAUUGUUGGCUUACGACGUUACUGAAACUCUUAUCAUUUGGAGGGCAAAUGUUAAUAAGGUCGAUAAAUAUGGUUAUACGCCACUUCACGUCGCUGCUUUGAACGAGUUAUCGCAAUGCGUUGAUAUACUGAUACAACAUAAUGGUGAUCUCAGUGCAAGAACGAAGGGGGGUACCAGUGCAUUGUCAAUAAUACUACGUAAAACCCCAACAUCCUUGGACGUAUUUAAGCAAAGAUUAGACGCCUCGAUUACGCUUCAUCAGCAUAGAUCAGCCGCCGGUGAGAUCGAAUUGAGACUUGAUUUUCAUCCCCUUUUGCAACAUCAACAGAAAGGGGAGAUCGGUUAUUUAGGUACCUUCGUCAAAGAAGGUUACAAAGAAAUACUCGAACAUCCCCUUUGUCAAUCAUUUCUUCAUCUUAAAUGGCAAAAGAUCAAAAAAUAUUACAUCGGUAGAUUAUUGUUUUACCUACUUUAUGUUCUCGUUCUUACCGCUUGGGUGAUAACUGCUCUUGCACAUAAUUGUUAUAACGAGUCCCAUGGACAGGUAGAUGAUCCUAGUACAACACUUUGUGCUAAUACCACAGGUCUAAAUGGCUUUCUCUAUAGGCAUCCUGUAGUGUUAGAGGUCGAAUGGUAUGCCUUGGUAGUUCUUACCGUAUUAGAAGCUCUUAGAAAGUUAACAGGUAUCUUG